UGCGGACGUGUCGCGUUCGCUUUCUAAAUGUUUCUCAUCGAUUUGCGCAUACUAAUCGAACUGUCGGCGUUUAUAAUCUAUUAUAAUUUAUUCCUGUACAAAGUUUUCGAUUAUAUUGUAGUCAAUAUAUUGGACAUUGGUCAGCUGAUGAUAUCCGACGUUGACGAUGAAUAGUGUUGUGAUUAUGAUUUAGUUUCGUCAAAUCUAUUUAUUCAAUCUGUGAUAUUAGUUUUUAAAUAUUUAUUUUUACAUAUUCAAAGUGUUGAAAAGUGAGAUGACGGAAAAAAGUGGAGUUAUCACUAUACAUCAUAUGCGCCUACACCGCUGUGAGGGCUGCCUCGCGGCCUGUCGGCCCGAGCGCGGCGCUAGAAGUCUCGUCAGCAGCCAACUGAAGAAAGCGAGACGGUCUCCGUACGCAGCACCGCCUUCGAACAAGGAGACAAUCAAAAUGGCAGAAACAAAGUCUUCACCUCCAGACAAUAACGCACCACCGAUGCCGUGGUUCGGAAUGGACAUUGGCGGGACACUCACCAAGCUGGUGUACUUCGAGCCGCGUGAAACCAACCGCAGGGAGCUUGACAAGGAGACAGAGAUUCUGAAGAACAUAAGGCGCUAUCUGACGAGGAAUUCCGCGUACGGCAAGACGGGAAGGCGGGACGUACAUUUACAGAUGGAAAACGUAACAAUACGAGGCAGACGGGGCACCCUCCACUUCAUACGGUUCCCCACCAGCGAGGUUGGGGCGUUCCUCCAGCUGGCCAGGUCCAAGGGUAUGGCGACCCUCGUCAACACCAUAUACGCUACCGGCGGCGGCGCGUACAAGUUUGAAGUCGACUUCAUUAAGGAAGUGAACAUGAACCUGUCGAAACUGGACGAGCUAGACGCUUUAAUAGCCGGCGUCCUGUUCGUGGACUCCAUGAACCCCCAGGAGUGCUAUUACUGGGAGCCGCCAGAGUCCAUAACCAAUGAGGAUACGCCGCCGUACCUGGAAGCCUCUCUGAGCCAGUACGUCAGGAAACCUUUUGACUUCUCAAACCCUUACCCGUUUCUGCUGGUGAACAUCGGCAGCGGGGUAUCCAUGCUAGUUGUAAACGCCCCUAAUGACUACUACAGAGUUAGCGGUACGAGUCUCGGCGGUGGUACAUUCCUAGGGCUGUGCUGUCUAUUGGCCGGUUGCAGCAGUUUCGAAGAGGCUAUCGCGUUAGCGGCGGCGGGGGACAACACUACCGUCGACAAACUAGUGCGGGACAUAUAUGGGGGGGACUACGAGCGGUUCGGCUUGAGGGGGGAUUUAGUCGCCAGCAGUUUCGGACACAUGUGUUCAGCGGAGAGGCGCGCCAAGGUCUCCCGGGAGGACUUGGCGCGGGCAACUUUGGUGACUAUAACUAAUAAUAUCGGCUCCAUCGCCCGGCUUUGCGCGUCCAACGAGCGGCUCGAGAGGGUGGUGUUCUGCGGGAACUUCCUCCGAGUGAACCCACUGUCCAUGAAGCUGCUGUCUUACGCGAUGUCGUACUGGUCCAGAGGUGCACUGAAGGCGCUGUUCUUGGAGCACGAGGGCUACUUCGGCGCGGUAGGCUGUCUCCUCCACUACGACAGCAAAAACCACAAGCGGGAGAAGACGAAGUCUGAACCCGUCACGCCGCCCGAGCCAGGCGCGGCGGAUAGAUGAGCGUUGCACUCAUGUUCCUACGACUGUUACGUUGAAACACAUACGCGUCACGCCACCCCAUGCCUUGGUACUCACAGAGCUAAAGCAUGUUGUUUAUGGUGAUUAGUGCCUACGCUCGCAAUCGCACAGUAAAUUGAACUAUAUCUACAUUAUAAUAAAGCUUAAAUUCAAUUACAUUUCCCAUAUAUGAAUACGACUACGAGUAUCCAAAAACUAACGUUAUUGUUGAAUCACUCUGUUUAGUUCGACUACACAACCCACAGUCCACGCAUGCGAAACUCUAGGAGUUUCCGAAACUGACGUCAAAGUAAAAUUGAGCUUAUAAACAUUGCAAUAAAGAUCUAAUAUACUACCCGUAUAUAAAAAAAAUCUGGGAGUAUAGCAUGUUGCUUAUGGUGAUUUGUGCCUACGCUCGCAAUCGCAGUGUAAAAUGAACUAUAUUCACAUUGUAAUAAAACUUCAAUUCAACUAUACUUCCCAUAUAUGUAAAACUCUAGGAGUAUCCACAAACUAACGGCAGUGUAAAAUAAACUCUAGUUACUUACUUUAAAGCUCAAGUUCAACUACACAUGCCAAAUAUGAAAAACUCUAGGAGUAUGCAGACACUAUCGUCAUUAUAAUAAAACUUAUUUCCAUUGCAAUAAAGCUCAAGUCCAACCACACUUCAGGAGCUGGUAGUGAUUUGUUAACGCGCACGGUGGCGUGAGGUGUUGCAGAUGUGUUUACAGCAUUAUUCUUGUAAUUUUUAUACAAGAAUUGCCUUAUAGUAUUUGCUGCAGAACGCUUUCGAGAAUUCAUAAACAAUAGACAUAAAUCAAUAACGCAACCGUAUUUGAUGGCUAAUUUAACUAUUCAUUCCUUUUGCGCUGGUAAAUAUUAUGAAGAAGUUGUAAAUUUUUAAAACAGGAAUGUUAAAUUUGAAAUCGAGAAUAUUAAAUGUUAAAUCAGCAAAGAUUUGAUUGAAAUCAUUAAUGUUAAAUUUGAAAUCACGAAUGUUCAAUGUUAAAUCAGCUAAGAUUUGCUUGAAAUCAUGAAUGUUAAAUUUGAAAUCAUGAAUGUUAAAUUUGAAAUCAUGAAUGUUAAAUUUGAAAUCGAGAAUGUUAAAUUGGAAAUCGAUGAUGUUAAUUUGAAAUUGACAAAAUUUUUAAAUCGAAAGCGUUAAAAGGGACUUUUUGUGUAAAAAUAGAAUGUUAACAAGACCAGUUUGCAUUGAUGCUUCUUUUUGUAUAUUUAGUUUAUUGCGACCUUUAUGUGACUUUUAAUUAAUGACGUCACCUAAAUUUACUUGGCGUUGGUCUUGACAGACUUCAGAGUCUCACUUAGGUAAGAUUUUUGCUAUCGUCACUUGUGUUAAAAGUUAAACCUUGACAACAAUCUCAU